AUGGAUGAGAAAAAUUUAUCGGGUUAUAAUAAUAAUAAUUCGAAAGAUCAAAAUUUUUCAUCAUCGUCUGAAAGUUUAAAAGCAAAUUAUGGAGAACAUUCUGGAUCGUCAAACGAAGAAAAUUUAUCACCAGAAUACGAAAGUGAAAAAUUUAAAUUUUCCGAAGAGAAUGUUAAUAAAGAAAUGAGAGAAACGUCUUUCAGUCAAAUUCCGGAAAAGUCUAAGACCAUCAUCAAAAAUAUUAUUGAUGAUAAUAUGGAUGAUAAGAAAAAUUCAAUGACCGUAACUGAUGAUGAUACGUGUAGUGGCAUAGGCGUCGAUGGCACAAUUGUUGAUAAGAUGUUGGCAAUGCAACGUGACGACGGUUAUGGAAGUUCAUAUUCAUCACCUCAUAGUGCAGUGUUUACCUUUAAAAUAUUGACCCCACGUUAUCUAUUAUCACUGGAAGGAUAA